AAAUAAGCUCAACAGCACCAAGACCGUGGUCCACCCGCCGUCGCCUCUUCUCACUGCCCCUGCCGCCUCACCAUCAGCCGGCUUCUCCAACUCCCGUCCAGCUCGACGUCCCUCCGUUCCUCAGACCGCAGCUCUCCGCAGCAUAGUAACAACAGCGCGGACACGCGGAAAGAUACGGCCACCCCGCCGUGCUAACUACCGGUACCUAUAGCAACCGGCGGCGGCCCGCCUCUUCUUGCCCCGCCCCUUGCGCUUUCGAUUUGCUUCCGCUUCCGGUCCCAGAGUCUCGGCUCCGCCGUGAAGAGCUUUGCAUUGUGGGAACUCCUUCCUUUCUCGCUCCCCGGCCAUUUUGGCGGCUGCUGUUGGUUGGGGGUCUUCCCGCACCUAAGGCAGGAAGAUGGUGGCCGCAAAGAAGACGAAAAAAUCGUUGGAGUCGAUCAACUCUAGGCUCCAACUCGUUAUGAAAAGUGGAAAGUACGUGCUGGGGUACAAGCAGACCCUGAAAAUGAUCAGACAAGGCAAAGCCAAACUGGUCAUCCUCGCCAACAACUGCCCAGCCUUGAGAAAAUCUGAAAUAGAGUACUACGCCAUGUUGGCCAAAACUGGUGUCCAUCACUACAGUGGCAAUAAUAUUGAAUUGGGCACAGCAUGUGGAAAAUACUACAGAGUAUGCACACUGGCUAUUAUUGAUCCAGGUGAUUCUGAUAUCAUUAGAAGCAUGCCAGAACAGACUGGUGAAAAGUAAAUCAUGCAAAAUUUUUCUUUAAUAAAAUUGGCCAGAGCUUGUUUUAAAAACA